AACAUAACUACAUACAUUCAAUACAGCACAGUAUAGCACACAUUUAUGAUACAGAUUCAGAUUAUUGGAUGGAUGAACUUAAAGGCCCGUUUAUCAAUAUCAACCCUCCCAUCUGCUAAAGCUCAUAUUGGCACGUAGCUGAAUUUCCACUCAUGCAUUUAGUGAGUAGUCUGCACAAAUGUCAAAGCGAGCCAUCUCUUGGAUAUAAUAUGGAGUUAAAACACCCGAUUCUGCUUUUGGUUCUGUGUAAUCUUUUGCAGUGUUGGGGAGUCCACAGAUCAUCUUCACAACUUUUGCUGCGUCAAAAAGGAAACCGGAUCAUUGAUUCCUUUACUAUUGAUGAAGGUUAUCAGGGACCUUUCCCAUAUUCACUGGGCAAAAUUGAGGUUGAGAAGGACCUCGUUCUUUUUAUGAUACAAGGACAAGGUGUCGAUGAGGAACCAACGCAAGUGUUAGAAAUCAAUCCAUAUACAGGAGAAAUAAAGGUCCUCCGUUCUGUGGACUGCGAACAAUAUCAAACUCUUAAGCUUAAAUUUAAAGCAUUUGACAGAGAAAAACAUGAACUAGAGACACAGCUCGGGAUUUAUAUAGAGAUUUUGGACUCAAACGACAACCCUCCAAAAUUUCUGUUUGAAAAGUACAAUUUCACCAUAAAAGAGUCAACAUUACAGGGCACUGAAGUGGGUAGAAUUCAAGCAACAGAUCAAGACAUAAGUGAGAAAUAUAACAAAGUUCACCUUAAAAUAGUUUCAGUGGAACCUAAAUCUGAAGAUCUUGAGUUCUACUUCAAAGAGAUCAAUGAGACAGGACCUGGAGUCAUUUCUUUUAAGGGAUGUCUGGACCAUGAGACAGCUGAGAAAUACAUCAUUAUAGUGGAGGCCAAAGACAAUGGAGAAAAACCGCAGUCCAGCUCCUGCACCAUCAUAAUCAAUAUAGAAGAUGGAAAUAAUCAUCUUCCUGUCAUCACAAAGCAAACAGGCCCAGAAAAAGUGAAAGAAGGACAGACAAAUGUUCUUGUGUCACGUAUACAAGUUCAUGAUGAAGACACCAGAGGAACCCCAGCCUGGAGAGCCAAAUAUACAAUCCAAGGAGACACAAACAACAACUUCAGAAUAACUACAGAUCCUGAGACAAACGAUGGACUACUCCAUGUGGAAAAGCCUUUAAACUACGAAGAUGGUGCUCUGAAGAAUAUAACUAUCACUGUAGAGAAUGAGAUCCCCUAUUAUUCAUGCAAAGUGGAAAAUCGCAGCACCACUGGUCUUUGGAAAGUAGUUACCACAUCUACUUCUGCUGCUACUGGGUCUGCAAUGAGCUUUGUGAAUCUAACAGUUCCAUCCAGGCAUCAAGUGAUCGUGACUGUUGAGGAUGUCAAUGAGCCUCCGGUUUUUGACAAGACUUCCAUAGAAACUGCGGUCCCUGAGAAUGUUAAGGAAGGCCAAUACCUGGCAACAGUCACAGCUAAAGACCCUGAUGUUGCCAACAAAAACACAUUUAAAUACAUGAUAGGACACGAUCCAGCUGGUUGGAUUAAAGUGGACCCCGACACUGGAAACAUAACCACAUCAAAGUCCUUGGAUCGAGAGUCAGAGUUUGUUAAAGACAACAUUUAUGUAGUCACAAUAUGUGCUGUUGACGAUGGGAAACCACAAAUGACAAGCACUGCAACUCUUAGCAUCCGCAUUAAGAAUGACAAUGAUCAUACUCCAUACCUGGUUGUAAGCACAAUUGAAAUGUGCCAAUCUGAUGGACAAUCCUUUGCCAACAUCACAGCUUUAGACUCAGAUGUUGAGCCCUACAGUGGCCCUUUCACCUUCAAGCUCCAUGGAGAUGUUGAGGGCAAGUGGAAGAUUGACCCUGUCGUUGGUUAUUCAGUCAACUUGGUUAAAGAGUCUACAGUUCAUUCCGAUCACCAUGAGCUGUUGCUAGAAGUUUCUGACCAACAGGGGAAAUCAGCUUUCCACAACCUGUCAGUUACUGUUUGCAGCUGCUUAGACUCAGAAAUCCCAAACUGUCAUGUGAGGACAUCUGGCACCACACUAGGAGCGGGAGGAGUGGGAAUUAUUUUGUUGGCCAUGCUGCUGAUUACAGGUUUACUUUCUGUGGCUUUUCUGAUGUUCUGCAAGAAAGAGACUGUAAAAAUCCAAGAUAAUUACCUUGAAGAACAACUGAUGACGUUUCACACUGACAAUCCAGGAUCAGGCUGCCCAGCAGGUGUCAGGAACCAAAAUGAGAACCAGAUGCAAGAAAUGUCUCACGUUAAAACUGUCACAACGAAUCCAGUGAUAAAUAAAGCCAUACCUGAAGGAUCCAAAAUCUGCGCACUGAUUUCAAAGUCCCGAAAGGAAGGCUCAAUGGCACAAUCAUUUAGUCAUGAAAAUGUUACGCAUGCCACUGGAAGCAUCCUCAAACAUGGGAAUGAGACAUCUGCAGGGACAACCUAAGCCUGGGAAUUUGAAUACUCUCCAGCAGGAUGCUCUCCACAGAUCACAACUUUGAGCUCAGUGCCAGCUCAGUUUCUCAUGCUUCCUUUGACCCUGAAAUGGCCUGGGGUAUCCAUACUCUGGCCUUGAUCAACAAGCCCACUAACUUCAAAUGUACUCAUAGUCUCUAAUAUGUCUCUGUUACGUCCCUCUGCAGCCCCUAAUCAUCUUAAUGUGUUCAGCUGGUGCUAAUUGGCCACACCUAGUCAGGUGUGGAUAAAACCAUACCUGAGGCAAGCUUCCGGGGAGCUCACUUGCUUUUGCCUUGGUGGCACCAGCCAUUUUAGCCAACCUCCUAUGCCAUUUUAAGAUAAAACCUCUUCCUACCUACACUCUGCUAUUCGUCUCCUUUUUUUUAAUGUUGCGGCCUUGAGCCGUGUCGUAACAGUCUCAUAAGUGUAUAUUACAAUAUUAUGAAAAGUAAGGCAUUUUAAAUGGCUGCUCUUGAUCUAAAUAUUAGCUAAACAAAAUGCAAAGCCAGAGUAUAGUUCAAUUUUGUGAGAAGAUGGUACGGUAACAUGGAGUCUGGGUUAUGGGAAAAGAAAACUUGACUUAAGAGCUGAGAAUGGUACACAUAUGCUACUUUCACUUCGGAUAUCAUUAGACAUUGAUAGUGGUUAGAUAGUGAAUGUGGUUAUCAACAGUCAUAACAGGGAAAUGCUUUUUACUUUCUUUUUACCUUUUCCUAUGGUAAAAUUUUAAGUUCACUUGCUUUCUGUGAGUCCUUUCCUGUCUUGUUAGUACAAAAAUUUUAUUUUAUGCCGUUAAUCUACCGACAAUCCUAUAAAUAAACUCCUGGAAUCAGAACAAAUUAUGUUUUUGUGACAGGCUGUUAGUAACAAAAUGCCUGAAGAUACAACUUAAAAAAUGUUUCUGUUAUCAUCAGCAAGUGCAGGCAGAGGUUUUGGCAGUUUUUGAGUCUGAAGAAUGGGAGCGUGUGUUAACACAAUGCCACAAUUGUUAACUAUGCAGGCCUCAGUUAGCUUGUUAAAUGUUGAAGUUAAUGAGAGCACAAUUAGAAAAGGACAGAAAACCUAUGAAUUGUUUGAAAUGAGAAAGCAUUUUCUCUCUGGAAACAUGACAGUAUUGAUUAGGUUUACAAAGCUGUAUCUGAACAAACCCUUCUGGACACUUCUGGAAAAUGUCCUUUGAACAGACCAGACCAAGUUUAGUCUUAAGAGGAAACCAAAGAGACCAUCAGCAUAGAUGCCUCAUAUCAAUUAUCAAGCACAAUGUUUUGCAGCUCUUUCAAAUAACCUAUUUGAGGAGACCAGCAGAAGAGCACAUUUAUUCUGGAAAGUGAGGUGAGUGCCUCCUGUAAAGGUUCAUGCACUACACUUAAUUAAAAGUGGAGAAAUUGCUGAGUGCGCUCUUUCUGACCUUGUUUUCCCGGGCUGGCAGCUAAUCCUUCCCCAGAGGCGUUUGAUGAUAUCCUGGGUCAUUUAACGCACCAC